UACAAAACCAGAAAUUUAACCAUGGACUUUUAGAAACUGAUUAUCCCCAAGGUUUGGGUGGUGACAGCGGGGUCGUUGAGAUAUUGCCUGCCCGCUUGGCGGUUGGUAUUGAGGCGGUUAAUGGCUUCAGUUUUGUUCGUGGCUAA